CCACCCGUCGAAACUACGAACUGUUGUGAUGGUAAGCUCUGACGGAGCUCUGUCUCCCGCUGUGCACGUCGUGCUUUCUGAACAUCGGAGCUUUUGCUGUACAAAUUUUAUGCAGUUGACAGUCGGGACACACAUUCACUGUGAGGAUCCAGUCGGGUCGAUUUUUCCACAUUGGUUUUCCGCUUUGUACAUAAGGGAACUGUACUGCAAUAUUCGAGUUCGGAAGGAUCACAGGAUUAGCCAAGAGGCCGGUGGCUUUGGAUUCGAAGAAUUGCUAAUGUCCUCGAAGAACAAUUGAUAAGAAGCGAGGUCGAUAGGCGGGGGAUGAUUAGUUGAUGGGGACGUAGAGACGGUUUUGAGCCAUUGCGGUCUCUAUUUCAUCGAAGAUGCAUCAACUUACACCGACUGCGGAGAGCCCUCUGCGAGAAGUGCAUGACACGAUUACUGAGAUGAUGAGACAGUUGGCAAAUGAACCGUCAGUGGGUCUGUACUUUGUUCAGCAGCAUGUUCACAGGGCCGUCCCUGCCAUGGUCCAACUGAAGGACAGGGAUCCCCGCGUGAACUCUUUUACCCUUGAUCAAAAGCACAAUUGGAGCUAUGGCAGCUGUAUCUGUUAUUAAGAUCGAAAGUAGCCUUACCUUUGAUAAACCUCUGAACAAAGAGUGUACCCCAUAUAUUUGUUCGUGGCCUCGUGAUAUUACAGGAUUUCACCAGGCACAGAUUGUGGACACCACUCAAGAGGCCGAAUAUGUCACUCAGGAUGUGAGAGAUGCUUUGAACUCUGUAAAAACUAUGAAGGAGUGUGGACCUGCAGUUAUUGAGCGGAUGAUGAAAACUCUUGAUUCUUCCCUCCCUCGUUUACCAUCCUUUCGCCAAACAAGAAGAGAUGAACUGUCACCGGAUAGCAAGAGAAGACCCAGCUUGUUCACAGAUACAGCAGAGAUGCAAAGAAAUAUGUCGAGAACCCCAUCAGGUAGAGAGCCGCCCCUUGCAGAUAGUGAUUAUACGGGCUAUGUUCGCAACAUAUUUGACUCGGCCUAUCAAAAGGCAAGCAGUGUUGCCAGUGCCGCCAAGUGGACGGCAACUAGUAGUAAUAGAGUUCCGUCAUCAAUAGAAGGUGAUCACCUUUCGCGCGACGGUACUCGUGGAGACGAGGGACAAUCUUCGAUCUCAUCCAAGCCUCCGUUGUGGAACCCGGACUAUAAGGGACCUGGUCAGUAUGUACGAGGGCUUUUUGCGACCGAUAGUCUGCAGCCACCUGAAAGCUGGGGAGGGUGGUUACCCACGCAAGCACUACGCAGUAGUUUCAAUAAGAUAGCUGGAGGCAAGGUACCAGAGGCAGUGGCGCAGAGUCCACCAUCAGAAGAAGAAUCUUCAACGAAGCAAUCGCUGGAACUCGACGGGGAUAGCUACGCCGCAUUUGCAGCAGAGCGUGCAGCCGAGCUGGAGCAAUGGCUCGAUGACACAGAAGACGCCGCAGUCAGAGGACAAUAGUGCUGGUCAUGUAGAGAAGUUGUCUGCAUCUAGAACGAAGAGUCGGUUUACUCCCCAUCAGACAGCCUUCUGAGCAUAUGCUUGCAUCCUUCUUGAGCAGCUUAUCUUGUCGUGGAUCUGAUCGCAGGCAUCCGCGCAGGACAAGUAGCUUUCACCAUGUGAUGGCUCUGCACUAAUUAUCCAUCUCCAUAGAAAGAUGUGCAUAUAAUUUACAGUCAUCUUAGUACGCGAGAGAAAAAGCUGAUGUACCUGCACCUAACGCAUGUCGACCAUUUCGACCAUGUAAUCCACCUUUCAUGAGAAUAACUGCGGAAGGUAAUCAUGGCGAGGCUGUAUCCUGCCAAACUUCCGUAGUCUGAUGGAGGUCGGGGUCUGAACUAGUAGCAGAAAAGAGUAGGGCGUACCGCCAGCAAAUACAAGCAGGCGUGCCAAGCCUCACUGCACUGUGGGGAUGGGAGUCCCUCGUCGGAACUGAGCUUGUGAAGGUCGCUGCUUCUGUGGGACCCAUCAAAUAUGUCAUCACGACCCUACCUAGAUACACCUCGUCAGGAGCUAAUCGUAGUAUUUCUAGGUUUCAACGCUUCGUUCACAAGUACUUUCUACGAGAUCGGCAUCUUUACAGACAUACGAAAAGCAAUCUAGAGAGAUAUGGAGAAGCGAUUAAAAGGUAGCUUUACUGAAUGUCCAGUCUCCUUGAUCGCUUUAUCUGUAUGAGGUAAUCCGGCUCGCGACAGCAAUCGCGCUGAUCGUAGUCGUCAUGGAUGAUAAUCUCUUACAGUUGCACAUGACUUGCUGACCCAUCACCCCUGAACCUACAGUUUUCUAGCGUGGACUUUUAUGCGAUGUCUAAAGGGGUUGUUCCAGAUUGGAGGUUCCGUAUUAUUUCAUCUCCUUGCCUUGGAUUACUGAUUACCAACAGAUGUGCAGUAUGCACGCUUACGUGCAUACUGCACAUCAUACUGCAUAUAGGACGGGACUAGUUGUACCGGGUCCGUAAAUUGUCUCAUCUAAAAAAUUUCAGGCUGUACCAAUUGUACUAGAUUCAUAGUAUUGAAUGGAGUCAAUGAAAGUUUAGGAUACAAUAUUACUUUUCUGAAAUUGCUUUUUGGAAAGAACGAUGGUCUUUACACGUAACCAAUAUAAAGUAUGUAUGUAUGGCGACGGCUGAAGGACUUAGAAGACAAAGAAUUGAUACCUCGCGGUGCAAUCAUUGUCGACCCAUAGAUUUUUGUCAAUUUUAUUUCAUUACAGCAGGGUGCAAGAUCACACACAUCA